AUGGAGAUAGGAGGCGUGUGUGAUGAUAUCAAGUUAAGUGAUCAGACAUACCCUGAUGAGCCUCACUGUUCCGAGAUGGAAACUGAAACCAUUGCUUCAUCUCAGAAGAAUGAAGGAGGCGAUGGGAGUAAUGUGGUCUUUUCAAGAGAGGCACCUCUGAUAGGUAAGGAUCCAGCUGGGACUAAUUCGGGCGAGUGCAGUGGUUGUAUUGCAAAGAAGCUGAAUUUCAAAGGCAGUGAGGAUCUUAUCGAGAAGGAAAGUGUUGGUCAGCAGAAAAAGCUCAAUAGGCAGGAUAGAAUCGAGUUGGGAAGACUCUUCCAAGGCGCUGUUACCUCACUGGAUUGGGAACUUGCUGAGAGAUUGAUUCAGUUAGCUGAUCCGCAAACGCUGAAUGAUCUGUUGUGCGUUGGUCUUGACUCUGUUUGGUUCUUAAGUACAAAGCAAGAGUUUCAGGGGGUUACUGGAUUGAUUAAGAAGAUCAUAUGUCAUGGUGCUCAUGACUUCACCAGAGCUACUCUUAGGACUUCGUUUCUCGCUGCGUGUGUCUCUGCUUGCCAGAGCCGGACUAUGAGCCUGGCUGAUACUGUAACCGUUAUGGCUCAAAGGUUGCAGGAGCGUCUCCAAGAGUGCAACGGGGAUGAGAUUCUGAAAGCAGAGGCUGGUGCAAAAGUUCAGAAGUUCACUGAAUGGGCUCUCAAAUGUAUAGGUUUCCACUCCCGUUGCCAGGGGGCAAAGGAUGGAGUUAGCCACAAUUCAGCUGCUGAGACUGAGCUACAGCUUUCUGCUUUCAAGAUGUUUUUAGAUCUAGCCGGGAACCAUCUCUCCGGAAGGGACUUCACCGAGGCCUUUGAUGCAGCUUGUUUCCCGCUCACUCUGUUUUCAAACUCGUUUGAUCCUGGUUGGGCGUCUGGAGUAUCAGCUACUGUCAUACAGGGACUGCUCGGUAUGCUUGUUGAAGGUGGUGCAGAUAACGUGAACCAAUGUUUCCUUGAAGCUUCACGUUUCGGAAGUACAGAACUUGUCCGCGUCUUGCUGCAUAUUGCUCAAAGGAACAGCUUAGACGUGGAUGUGGACUUAGCUCUUGGUUUCGCCUCGCAUUACUGUAAACUCGGGACGAUGAAGUGCUUAGUGGAAGAAGGUAAUGCCAUUGCCUUCUUAGGUCCUUUGAUGAGAGCAGCAGAGAGAGGCUGUAUGCAAGUUGUUGAAUGGUUUGUGAAAAGAGGCUGCCGAGACAUGGAGCUUUGUCUCGCUCUUACAGCUGCCACUUCAAGUAGUCAAGUCGAGGUCGCUUCGUAUCUCCUCCCUCAUGUUCCGCCACCUGUCCUAACCGCUCUCAGCAUCGAGAUCCUCAAAGCAGCCGGAGAAAGAAGCGGAGGUUCUCUCCAAGGAGUGGAGUUUCUCCUCAAAUCUGACUUCUUAGGAGACUCUGUUGCCACAUACUCAGUCGCAGACAGCAUCGCUAGGUCGUCAGCGGAAGACGAAACCGUGCCUUCGGAUCUAAAGUCGUUUCUCCGAGAGCAUUGGUCGGAGUCAGCUUUUGAGAAAGGAAUGAGUGAGAGCCAUGAGAAUUUCAUGAAUUUCAUGAGGGUGUUGAAGAGAGGCGAGUCUGAGAUGUCCUUGAGAGACCUUCCUGCGCCGCUGAGAGUAGCGAUUGCGUACAUGCCGCUGUACAGAGAGUGUGUGGAUGCGGGUGGGCAGUUACUGUCUCAGAGGCUAAGAGGACAGCUCGUGGAAGCUGUGAGACAGCUUGAAGGAUGUGUUGUUGCGGUUGUUGAAGUAAGCGAGACUCAUAACCUUAUGGCGGUUUUGGAGCAUCACCUUACCGCCAUUUUCGGUUAA